AUGACUACCGCUAGUGCUGCACUACCCGAAGAUGCGCCAACUGCGCAGAAUGAUGGCACUAAAGAGAUGCUUGCCCCGACGCAUUGGGAGAACACCACCACCGACCCAGCCGAUGCCGACAACUCAGACACCGAUUCCUCGCUGGGUGACGACAAUGCCAGUUCGACCGCAUCCAUCAACUCGAGCAUUCUCGACUACCGAACCAUCAACGGCCGGACAUACCAUGCAGAACGAGGCGAUGCCCAGUACUGGGCGUCCAACGAUAACCAGGCCUCUGAAGCUCUCGAUAUUAUCCACCAUACAUCAUGCCUAAUCAUGGAUGGGAAGCUCAACUUUGCGCCUGUCGAGGCGCCCAAGAAGGUGCUCGACAUCGGUACCGGCACGGGAAUUUGGGCUAUGGACUUUGGCGACAAGUUCCCCGAAGCCGAAGUUAUCGGAACAGAUAUCUCGCCCAUCCAGCCGAGCUGGGUCCCCCCGAAUGUCAAGUUCGAGAUUGAAGACUUCACCCUUGAUUGGACGUUCCCCCAUAACUCGGCCGACUUCGUCCACAUGCGCUUCCUCUAUGGCAGCGUCCCCGACUGGUACGCCCUUUACGAGCGCGCAUUCCAAGCGACCAAGCCCGGCGGUUGGGUCGAGUCUCAUGAGGGUGACCCCAUGGGUCUUAGCGACGAUGAUAGUGUCAAGCCUGGCAGUGCCAUUGCUGAGUGGGGCAAGUUCUUCCACGAGGGUGGCAAGAAGCUCGGUCGCGUCUUCACGCCUCUUCCUGAUAACCUGCAAGAGAAAGGCAUGAAGGCCGCUGGUUUCGUAGACAUUCAGUCCAAGACGAUCAAGGUUCCUGUAGGAGACUGGCCCAAGGAGGAGCGUCUCAAGGAGAUUGGCCGAUUUACCACACUGAGCAUUCUAUCUGAUGUCGAAGGACACAUCGCCUUUAUGGCUACUCUGCUCGAAGGCUGGACAAAGGAGCAGGUUGUGCUCUACUGCGCCCAGUUGAGAAAGGAGUUGAAGUCCAAGAAGCAAGCGAAUGCUUACUACCUCCAGCGAAUUGUCUGGGGACGUAAGCCCGCUGAGGGAGAGGUCACGACUGAAGCAUAG